AUGAAGUUUAUCGAAGAAGUAGACAUUGAGUUAGUCAAUGAGGAGCUCAAUUUCCAUUCACAAGACAACAAUCUAGUGAUCAAAGGUGGGUGUGAUUUGUUUACAACUAAACCAAUUGGGUCGGACAGAAAGUUAUUCAAGACUAUCGACAAGCAUUUGGACCAGAUUUUGAAGGAUAAUCAGUUAUCUAGAUCGAUUGAACGUGAAAGGCAGAACUCAGCUUCUCACUUGUUUGGAAGUAGUAGCAGUCCUCCAGGUGGGGCCUUCCACAGACGAGGAAGCUAUACGGAGAGAAAGGACUCUGCCGUGGAGUCUUUUAGAAGAUCUUCGGUAUCAUCUGUACCGAGAGACUCGUUAUUAACUACCUCUUUAAAUGAGCAUUUUCUCGAAACGGAUAACUUAGAUGAGUCCCCAUUCGGACCAUUGAAGAAUGUUACAACCAGAAAAACCUUCGCCUACCUCAUAGCUAUUUUGAAUAGCACAUAUCCUGAUCAUGACUUUUCCAAUUUACAACCUACCACUGAAAAUUUUCAUAGAAUAAAUGACGCAGAGGAUUUUAUUGGCAGAUUUAAUAAUAUAAUGGUGUCAUUGGGGAAAAAGGAGGAAAUUUUGAAUUGGAUUUGGGAUACAGUGAAUGUUUACAUGGAUUUGAUACCCUCAAAGUCAUCUUCCCCCAGAUUGGCAGCACAGAAUAAUGGAGGGAGCUCAUCAAGAAAAAAUAGUUUCAGUACUCAAUCUUCUGUACCAAGGAGUGCUUCAAUACCCAACAACACUAGUCCUCAGUAUAAUCUAUACGAUUCUUGUCAGAUCUUUCAGUUCCAACCUUCAGAUGAGUCCAUUUUGGAGGAUUUGAGCUAUCCAUAUCAAACAAUGUGGUCUUACUACUGGUUUGUCUACAAUAAGAAAAAAAAGAGGGUGGCCUUCAUUUACUUGACAGCAAUUAAUAAGAUUCAUUACUCGAUGAUUAACAGCAAUCAAGCCAAUCCUAAUUCUAGAGAAUUGAAUUCCAAUAAUAACAAGAUUAGUAGCGAUGGCGAAGAUGAAGAUAUUUAUAUGCAAGACUAUCUGGAUGAAGAACUAAUUUUGGACGAUGAAGCAAAUGACGUUAUUGGGGAUAUGGAGAUCUAG